AUGUCUAUGUCAGCGCUGAUGUCCACCCUCCGCGCCGCCGGCCGGAAGCACCUCUCCGCCGGCACCCUCUGCACAAAGACGAUUACCGGCUCCUACCUGUUCAGGAUCCAACAGUACAAACGCCUCCAGAACAUGGUCGCCAACGGCACUUUUAUCAAGUCAGGCACGUUCGGCGUCGGCGGCCACGACUGGAGCAUCCACUGCUACCCGAACGGCGACGACGGGAACGAAGGCUCCAUCUCCCUCUACCUUAACCACGCCAGCCAUGACAAAACCGGCGACGCCACGGCAGCCUUCGACAUUACCAUCCUCGACAACGCCGGGAAGCCGUUGUGCACCAAUGGCGAGGCGGAAAGCUUCUCGAGCGGCAGUGAACCCGCGAGUGCAGGCUGGGAAGACUUCGUGAAGGUUCAAGACCUCGACGAGGAGGAGUACCUCAAGGACGGCUGCAUGUCCAUCCUAUGCGACGUCACCGUGCUCGACACACGCACCACCGACUACCGCGCCGGUAGCGUGGUGCCGCCGUCCGAUCUGCACCACCAGCUCACUGAGGUUCUCUGGGAGUCCAAGGAAGGAGUGGACGUGGAGAUCGAGGUCGGCGGGGAAACGUUUCCCGCGCACAGGUGGAUGCUCGCCGCGCGAUCCCCCGUCUUCAAGGCGGAGCUCCUCCAGUCGUCUGCAGCCUUGUCGUCGAGGAUACGCGUGGACAACAUGGACCCCGGAGUAUUCAAGGCCCUCCUCCACUUCAUCUACACCGACGCGCUGCCCAAGGAGAUGGUGGAGAGGCAGGAGACUCUCGCGACAACCAUGGCGAAGCCGCUGCUGCUCGCUGCGGACAGGUACAAGCUGGAGAGACUCAAGCUGAUCUGCGAGGAUAUAUUGUGCGGGCACAUCAACGUGAAAUUGGUGGGCGCCACGCUAGCGUUUGCGGACCAGCACGAUUGCCGCAUGCUGAAGGAGGCUUGCAUGGAGUUCCUGGCUGACCCUGCGAAUCUGGAAGCAGCCGUCUCAAACCGUGGUUUUGAGAAACUUUAG